AUGCCGUUUGCCGCGUUUGAGCAUGAAUCAUGGCUUGCGUUCUUCAAGGCGCUUCGCGGAAGCUUCAAGAUUCCAUCGACGGAAGCAAUCGGGUGCGAUUUGAUGCGAUCAGAAUAUGCGCUGACAAUGAACGACGUUCUGCUCGCUCUCGCCAAGAAUACUCGCAUCUGCUUCACGCUGGACGGUGCCACGAACGUACAGGGGAAACAAAUCAUCAACAUGAUGGCGUGCAGACCUCAGCCGUUCUUUCUUAAACACUUCACGAUAGAGCUGCGACGGGAGAGCGCGGCCAAUCUGCUGGAGAAGUUUCUGAACUGCAAGCUGCGCCUACUGGGUUCGAUCCGAAAGCCGGCCCCUGGUUUCGUGCUAACUACGGACGAAGAGGAUGUUAAAAACCCAAUGAAUGACACAGAUGUUGAAGUGGAGAGGGAAGAAGGACGUCCAUGCAAGACUAACGAGCACUUCAUCAAUCCGCCGAUGUUCUGUUUCUGCAGCGAUUCUCCUAGCGUCAUGGUCAAGUUACGCAAGGACUGCCUGAACACGAAGGAGUUUGUGUUCGCGUACGGCUGUGCGCCACAUGCCAUCCACAAUCUGUGCAUGGACCUCAUCAAGAACUUUCCAGGCGUGAAAAUCGUCUUGAAACAGAUUAUCUAUACGGGCACCGUGUUCUUCGCUGCGCAGCGUGUGAGGAAGGUGAAGGCUGCGUGUGCGACGCUGCCCGGCGAGAUUCUCAACGCCGAUCUCGACAUUGACAUCAGCGACGAUCUUAAGAUGCUGCUUACUGAUCCAGCAUACUGGAGAGGUGUCGCAGCGAUGGAUUCUCUCUUCAAGACGAUCAGCUGCUGUCUGACGUAUCUGGAGGGAGACGAGGCAACAUUCUCGGCGGUAUAUGCGUGCUUCUUCGCGAUCAAGUAUCACAUCAAGACUCUCGAUCUCUCCGUGAUGGAAGCCCUACAUCUGAACGACGACGAUAUUUGCGAGAUGAUCAGGCUCAUCCACCACCGCUUCUCGACCAUCUAUUCGGAGGCCCAUGCCCUCGUAUUCUGUACUGAUCCUUUGUUCACCAGCAUGCACAGGUUGAUGGGGUUCAGGUUUGACGAGAAGUUCUUGCACCUCGGGAAGGGUUCAAUAAACCAGCAGUCAAAAACGGCGAUUGCCCUUAUAUCGAUGGGCAAUGAGAUCCUGCGUCGAUCGAUGUUGUCUGAAUUCGCCGUGCUCGUCACUCGCCAGCAAGAUACCGAGGACGACUUCUCCGACACGAGUAUCAAACCAUCAGUUCUGUGGACUGUAUGUGACGAAUCGAGCUACGGAUCCCUUUCGGGGCCGCUCUCUGCGUUGCAUCAGAACCCAACCGGAGCAAGUGGAGGCGAGCGCAAUCACAAGGCUACCAGGCGCGUUCAUACCAAGAACCGCGCUCGAAUGGGUCACUCCAAGAUCGAGUCUGGGACCGCCAUCCUGUUCAAUUCAGGUCAGCUGGUUCGUCGACUGACGCCGACACGAAAUACGAAAUUUUGCACGUGGCUGCAGCAGCUCGGUGCCGACGAUGAAGGGCUGCCUGUUGAAGAGGAAGCACUCGACGAGGAAGAAGAUGCAGCCGCUGAUGCUCUCAUUGAAGAAUUUGACCACGUUCACAUUUCUGACGGCCUUGAAGGUGUGAUGGGCAACGAACUAUUCGACGAGGAGGUGAUGGACGAGGGUUCCAUCUUCUAUAAUUGA